GAAACCGGCGUGGGCUGGGGGGUCCGGGCGGCGGGGGGCAGUGCCAUGCACAAGCACCAGCACUGCUGUAAGUGCCCGGAGUGCUAUGAGGUGACCCGCCUGGCUGCCCUGCGGCGCCUCGAGCCUCCUGGCUAUGGGGAUUGGCAGGUGCCCGACCCCUAUGGGCCAGGUGCGGGCAAUGGGGCCAGCGCAGGUUAUGGGGGCUACAGCUCGCAGACCCUGCCCUCACAGGCAGGGGCUACCCCUACGCCCCGCACCAAGGCCAAGCUCAUCCCCACCGGCCGGGAUGUGGGGCCAGUGCCCCCUAAGGCAGUCCCCGGCAAGAGCACCCCCAAACUCAACGGCAGUGGCCCCAGCUGGUGGCCCGAGUGCACCUGUACCAACCGGGACUGGUAUGAGCAGGUGAAUGGCAGCGACGGCAUGUUCAAGUAUGAGGAGAUAGUACUUGAGCGGGGCAAUUCUGGCCUGGGCUUCAGCAUUGCAGGUGGCAUCGACAACCCCCAUGUCCCUGAUGACCCUGGCAUCUUUAUUACCAAGAUCAUCCCUGGUGGAGCAGCUGCCAUGGACGGGAGGCUGGGGGUGAAUGACUGUGUGCUUCGGGUGAAUGAGGUGGACGUGUCGGAGGUGGUGCACAGCCGGGCCGUGGAGGCGCUGAAGGAGGCGGGCCCCGUGGUGCGGUUGGUGGUGCGGAGGAGACAGCCCCCACCAGAGACCAUCAUGGAGGUCAACCUGCUCAAAGGGCCCAAAGGCCUGGGUUUCAGCAUUGCUGGGGGAAUUGGCAACCAGCAUAUCCCGGGAGACAAUAGCAUCUACAUCACCAAGAUCAUCGAGGGGGGUGCUGCUCAGAAGGAUGGACGCCUACAGAUUGGGGACCGACUGCUGGCGGUGAACAAUACCAAUCUGCAGGAUGUGAGGCAUGAGGAAGCUGUGGCUUCACUGAAGAACACAUCUGAUAUGGUGUAUCUGAAGGUGGCCAAGCCAGGCAGCCUCCACCUCAACGACAUGUAUGCACCCCCUGACUACGCCAGCACUUUUACUGCCUUGGCUGAUAACCACAUAAGCCAUAAUUCCAGCCUGGGUUACCUUGGGGCUGUGGAGAGCAAGGUCAGCUACCCUGCUCCUCCUCAGGUUCCCCCUGCCCGCUACUCUCCUAUCCCUAGGCACAUGAUGACUGAGGAGGACUUCACCAGAGAGCCCCGCAAGAUCAUCCUGCACAAGGGCUCCACAGGCCUGGGCUUCAACAUCGUAGGAGGAGAGGAUGGAGAAGGCAUUUUUGUCUCCUUCAUCCUGGCAGGAGGCCCAGCUGACCUGAGUGGGGAGCUGCGCAGGGGAGACCGGAUCUUAUCGGUGAAUGGCGUGAACCUGAGGAAUGCAACUCAUGAGCAGGCUGCAGCUGCUCUAAAACGGGCUGGCCAGUCCGUCACCAUUGUGGCCCAGUACAGACCUGAAGAGUACAGUCGCUUUGAAUCGAAGAUACAUGACUUGCGAGAACAAAUGAUGAACAGCAGCAUGAGCUCUGGGUCUGGGUCCCUCCGAACAAGUGAGAAGAGGUCUUUGUAUGUCAGGGCCCUAUUUGAUUACGAUCGAACUCGGGACAGCUGCCUGCCAAGCCAGGGGCUCAGCUUCUCCUAUGGUGACAUUCUGCAUGUCAUCAAUGCCUCUGAUGAUGAGUGGUGGCAGGCGAGACUGGUGACCCCACAUGGAGAAAGCGAGCAAAUCGGUGUGAUCCCCAGUAAGAAGAGGGUGGAAAAGAAAGAAAGAGCUCGAUUGAAAACUGUGAAGUUCCAUGCCAGGACAGGGAUGAUUGAGUCUAACAGGUCGAUCAAAACGAAACGUAAAAAGAGUUUCCGCCUCUCUCGAAAGUUUCCAUUUUACAAGAGCAAAGAAAACAUGGCCCAGGAGAGCAGCAUACAGGAACAGGGAGUGACAUCCAACACCAGUGACAGCGAAAGCAGUUCCAAAGGACAAGAGGACGCAAUUUUGUCAUAUGAGCCAGUGACGCGGCAAGAAAUUCACUAUGCAAGGCCUGUGAUCAUCCUGGGCCCAAUGAAGGACAGAGUGAACGAUGACCUGAUCUCGGAGUUCCCGCAUAAAUUUGGAUCCUGUGUGCCACAUACUACUCGGCCUCGGCGUGAUAAUGAGGUGGAUGGACAAGACUACCACUUUGUGGUCUCCCGAGAACAAAUGGAGAAGGAUAUUCAGGACAACAAGUUCAUCGAAGCAGGCCAAUUCAAUGAUAAUCUCUAUGGGACCAGCAUCCAGUCGGUGCGGGCAGUUGCAGAGAGGGGCAAGCACUGCAUCUUAGAUGUUUCCGGCAAUGCAAUCAAGAGGCUGCAGCAAGCACAACUUUAUCCCAUUGCCAUUUUCAUCAAGCCCAAGUCCAUCGAAGCACUUAUGGAAAUGAACCGACGGCAGACAUACGAACAAGCAAAUAAGAUCUAUGACAAAGCCAUGAAACUGGAGCAGGAGUUUGGAGAAUACUUCACAGCCAUUGUACAGGGUGACUCACUGGAAGAGAUUUAUAACAAAAUCAAACAGAUCAUUGAGGACCAGUCUGGGCACUACAUUUGGGUCCCAUCCCCUGAAAAACUCUGAAGAAUCCCCACCAAGCACUCUCUUGUGAACAGAAGACAUCAAGUCCCUCUUCCCUCCUCCCUCUUCAGUCCUGUCCCCACCAGGAGAACAAAUGACUACUGUUCUUGUCCCCUUUUUUAGAUAUGUCCCAAAAAUUGAGUUUUCUAGUCCUGUUCUGUUUUUUUAAAUUUUCGUUUGAUUUUAGUUUACUUUUUGGGAUGAUGCCAUCUCACUUCAUCAUGUGACUGUGCCCAUUCCUGCAUGGACCUUUCCCAAGCGCUAGCGCAGGUGCAAAUCCAUCAGAGUCAUUGUUUUCAUAAGAACCAAGCAGAAGCGAAGAGAAGAGAAGAGGACCUGCCAGAAAGAUAGGCUCUGGACAGCUGCACGGCUUGUGAGGCGAGCUCAGUGCGCCGCGUGCCGAGAUGCCCCGGGCAUUUCUGCCUGUCGUGCUGCUGUCACGCGGCGCUGAACGGUGUAACGUAUGGUGACAGAAAGUAUCUUAUUUAUAUAUAGAUAUAUAUAUAUAUGUAAUUUAUAUAAAAUAUAUAGAAAUUAUUAUAUAUAUAUAUUAUACACUCUCAUAUAAUAUAUAUAUAUUCACUCACAUUUGGACUAGAAAAUCUAUGGAGACUUCAUCAAUGGUACUGUGUUAUUAGAGAAAUGCUUUAAUUUUCAUAAUCCAAUCAGAUGGCAUCUUAUAUCCCAACUGGUUGGGGAGGGAUCGAAAGCGGUAGUAAGUGCUGUACCAAGGGCACUCACAUAUGGUCAUUCUCUUGAAAGCGGAGGUUUGCUCUAGGACUGGUUGUGAGCGGGGCUUGUGCCUGGGGGGCGAGAGGGUUGGAGACUUGACCCAAAGGCGCUGCUGCCCUCGAGGUGCGGUCAGUCCUGUGUGUGGACAGAGAGAGAAUGGCUAACGAUGCUCCAUAUUAAAUUGCCUAUUGUUUUCUGCCACCUGAUGUGUCUGCAUGAGAGGUUUCCUUUUUGUUCAUUUUUAAGCUGCUGUUAAACCAAAACCAUGUUGUGCUACCGUGUCAGCCUUUUCAUUCCAAAUUUUACUUUUACUAUUUAAGUGAAUGCAUAGAAUCCAAUUUGACCGUGUUUUAAAGGCUCAUGAUGUGGAGGAGCCAGGCCUUGUGAUAGAGUAGGCGACCUGGGCUCUGCCGUCCAGUCAGCAGAGGGGAAGUGGGGGCUGCUGAGAAGUGGGAGCUGGGGCUCUGUGUUGUGAUGUGUCCCUUUCUUUACUCAUGCACCCGGGACGCACUGGACUCCACUAAGACCCCUUUGUGCCCCCCCCCCCCAACAGGGAUGUCACUUGCCUUCCCGUUCUGUGCUGGGACCAUGGGACAGCACUGGGCUUGGCCAGCCACGUAACAAGGAGUUUGAUUUGGGUUUUGUUCACAGCUGCUUCAUAUGCCCUACCCUUGCGCCCUCACCAACAGCUGGUAGCUUACUAUUUCCUCAAGAAAGUAGACUUUAAGGCUCUCAGUUUGACCUGUAGAGCUGAGAGUCACUCACUGGCGAGACAUGAAACCUUGUUGGUUUUCCCCAGAGUCAGAAGGCAGUGACUGUGGUCAAAGGAGUUUUUCCCUGACCACGAGAGCAGGUGGCAGGUGCGGCUCGGGCCCCGCCCCUCCGUGCCCUUUGGAAGCCACCAAGCCUCUCUCGCCCCCACAAUGGAGGCAUCAUGCAGGGGAGGACGGGGUGGACAUGCUUGGCCCCAGGGGUGAGUCUUUUGUUUCCUAGCCCACUGGGUUGUGACCAGUGCAGAUGAUGCCACGUUGAAGACGCUUUGAGCACCACCAGCCAAACAUAGGAAAUCUGUUAACAGUCCUCCUACCAGCAUAAUGAGGCCAACUGUAAAGUGUGGGGUCCAGACCGAGGGUAAAGAAAGGGCAGCAGCUUUACCUGGGCAGUUCACUGGAUUGAAGGCAAAGAGGGAUAAGGCGAUGGCCGAUGGUGACUCUGGUGAGGAAGGGGGUGAGCAGGGAGUGGUGAUUUCUCCAGUGUUAACUGAUGUACUCUGAGUGGUGCUCAACCCUCUGCCCCUCCCAGGGAAGAAAAUCAAGAUUCAAAGUAAGCAUGACACUAGUUGAUUUACCAGUGUUCCUUCCAAGGAGACAUAUAUUUUUUAAUAAAUGAUAGUUGCAAUGAA